GUGGUUGUCUUAACAUUAGUCCAAGGUGCGUGGCGCAGCAGCUACGCUGACGAAGGAUAUUUUGCUAAUCUGGGAAUAAUACCGUGGAUUUUGUUUUUCUUUUUGGAAAUCAUGCAGAAAUCCUGAAAUGAGCGUGUGAGAUGCGAUCACUUGGGAAAGUGUGGAUAAUUAUCACUGCCCCGUUGAUGAAGAAGAGCAGAACGGGUGUGAGGAAGAGCUGCUGCUGCAUUCAUAAACACUUCUUUAGGACUCACAACCACCCCUGAGCUUUGUGCUGUUCUCACCAAACACCUCGGAUUGUAUUUCUACACGUGGGUUCACAAUGUCUGAAAAGGUUAACAUAAACUUGCAGCAUCUUGGAGGAGUUGUCAGGCUCCGUGAGGAACACCAAAAGGUGGUGAAAGACUGUGAAGGUCGUGUUCAGCACUGGAAGAAAGUAUCAGGAGACUAUGAAGCCCUGAAUAACCGCCUCAGAACUCUGCCAGAUCAACUGUCUUAUGACAUCAUGGCUCAGAAAAUUGUCGAUCACAGAAUGAAAUAUGUGAAGCAAGAAAUCGAUGAUCUAUCAAAGACGAUGAAAAACUUUGAAACCAGAGUUGAGUUUACAAAAGAUUUGGAAACCAUGUCAAGUAGCAAAGGUGACUACAUUGACAUCAGAGAAGAGCUUGAAUGCAACGAUGCUGUAAUUGUUAAAGGAAAGCAAAGAAUAGCUCACAAACCAAAGUCUAAGCCCAAACAGGAGUGUGUGUGUGAUCUAAAAGAUGAAGCAGAGAUCACAGGGAGCACAAAAGGCAUAAUGACAGAGGAGGAACUGUGGGCUCGGUUGGAUGAACUUGAGAAACUGGAGGAGCUACAAGAUGAACAGGACAGAUUAUUAGACAAUGCAGAUGUGAAUGGUGAAGAUGCAUCUCCCUCAUCAUCUGAGGAAGAGAAGGAGGAACAUGCAGAUUCUCCGAUAAAUGGACUGAGUCAGGACCCAAGCUGGUUCUCUGUUCCUCUUAGUAAAGAGACACCCAGUGGAGACCAGAAGCAGGGAGACGACGAACAUGAAGCCAGUUGUUUGCCCACCAUCUUUUUCUCUCACACAGUUGAACCCAAGAAGGUGAGGAUAAACACAGGAAAAAACACUACACUGAAGUACAGCGAAAGAAAAGAGCAGAAGGAACAUUCAAAGAGGAAAAAGAAAAAUAGUCACAGUAACGGACACUGUCACCAUGAACUUCACAAAAUCACAACACCAGCAGAUAUUUACAGGUUGUUCGUAGAUGUAAAGAAUGGGGAACCCGUCCCUAGAAAGUCCAUUUUGAAGUCACGCAGUAGAGAGAAUAGCGUGUGCAGCGAUACAAGUGAGAGUAGCGCAGCAGACUUUGAAGAGCGACGGAUGAUUGGACGUAGCUUCAGUCAUGAUGAGACAACACACAGCGACACCAGUGACGGCAUUGCAGAGGAGGACAGUCCUACAGCGAUCCCCCUGCACCCCACCAGCAGGUUUGAGGCCUUUUCAGGGACAGUGAUCGAAAAGGACCCGAUGCCUUCAGGCAUCCCCCAUCUGACCAUUACUCCACCAACUCUACCGACCAUACUUGAGAGGAAACAGGAGGAGGUGGCGCCUGAUGUCGCCCCACCCCAGCAAAUUUCGAAAAGGGUGUCGAAGUUUAAAGCUGCAAGGUUGCAACAGAAGUGACUUAACACUUGGAUAUAUAUAUCAUCAAUCUUUUUUUCUGCAUCUGAUUAUGUGGACAAACUGUCAAUAUUUCUGAGCUUAUUUUCUUUCAGCUGAACGUUUCUAUUCAUCCAGAGUGUCCUCCAACAGUAGCAGCUUCAACAAAAUCAGCUGUGUGUGUAAUAUUGCAUUUUAAUGAGCUCCGAGCUCGAGUGAAUGUUUCUUUUUGUAUGUACUCCUGCAGUAUAAUUGACACAACUUUCUGUGGAGUGUGUUUUAGGUUAUUGCUGUCGGAUACGUCCUGUCUGCUGCUCUUUUCUAGACUUUGCUGCUUAGGAUGAGUUACUGAUCUUUUUUUCCCUUCUUCUUAACUGGUAGCCAUCUUCUAAGUUUCUGUUCAUCUGUCAGGUGUAUGUCCUUCAUGUGAAUAAAAUGAUAUUGAUGGAAAGUAAAGGAAAAAUAAACAAUUUUUGGUUA